AUGACCAUGGUUUCAACUACCUAUCUUCGGCUAAGACUGUCUGCUCAAAAUGCUGACUGUCUAUCGACCUUCGCUAGCUGCUUAUCGUUUUUCGAAACCCCUCAAGCAGUUUCGUUUUCAACUUCUGGUUACCAACAAGCGUCUGCUCUGGGCUACGACUGCCAGCUAGUACCAUCUUAUGAUGAUGAUGAUGAUGAUGCUGAUGAUGAUGAUGAUGAUGAUGAUGAUGAUGAUGAUGAUGAUGAUGAUGAUGAUAAAUUGAAGAAUGAAGCACGAAAGUUUUCUUUGACAUCGCUGUCAUCGUCUCCGUCUUCAAUUUUCUUUUUCUUCUUCUUUUCGUCGUCGUCGUCGUCGUCAUCUUAUUGUUGUUCUUCUCUUCUUCUACUUCUCGUCUUCUUCUUCUUCUUCUUCUUCUUCUUCUUCUUCUUCUCGUCGUCGUCUUCGUCUUCUCCAUCACCUCCUGCUCUUCGUCGUCGUCAUCGUCGCAGUCUUGUUGUUGUUGUUGCUCUUCUUCUUCUUCUUCUUCUUCUUCUUCUUCUUCUUCUUCUUCUUCUUCUUCUUCUUUUCGUCCCCGUAGAAGUUUUCUUUGACAUCACUGUCAUCGUCUGCGUCUUCUUCAAUUUUCUUUUUCUUCUUCUUUUCGUCGUCGUCAUCGUAAUCGGCAUCGUCGUAGUCUUGUUGUUGCAGUUAUUGUUCUUCUCUUCCUCUACUUCUCGUCUUCUUCUUCUUCUUCUUCUUCUUCUUCUUCUUCUCGUCGUCGUCUUCGUCUUCUCCACCACUCCCUGCUCCUCGUCGUCGUCAUCAUCAUCGUCAUCGUCGCAUUUUAUCACCCUGUUCAUAUCUGUUUCCAUUCGCACCUACUUAACUUGCUUUGUUCUUUAUCUAUCUAUCUAUCUAUCUAUCUAUCUAUCUAUCUAUCUAUCUAUCUAUCUGAGCCUCUUAUUCGUUAUCUAUCUAUCUAUCUAUCUAUCUAUCUAUCUAUAUCUAUCUAUGUGUAUGAGCCUGUUACUCUUUCACUCUCUUUUCCACUAUAUAGAUAAGCUUAUUCGGUAUCUAUCUAUCUAUCUAUCUAUCUAUCUAUCUAUCUAUCUAUCUAUAAGCUUAUUCGUUAUCUAUCUAUCUAUCUAUCUAUCUAUCUAUCUAUCUAUCUGUAUGGGCCUGUUCACCUUUCACUCUCUUUUUCUCUAUAUAGAUAAGCUUAUUCGUUAUCUAUCUAUCUAUCUAUCUAUCUAUCUAUCUAUCUAUCUAUCUCAUGCUUUGUAUACAUCAAUAGUUUUCUCACUGUCUCCUAUGAGAGAUGUUAGAAAAGUGAGCUAA